AUGAGCGAGUGUCGUCGCUCCGUCCUCUCGUGCGCCCGUUGUCGUCGGAGGAAAAUCAAGUGUGAUCGCGCCAUCCCCUGCGGGCAAUGCAUCGCUGCAAAGUCUGAAUGUACCGGCUUCAGUUCCAAGGACCAAGACCCCACCAUCCCCCGAAGCAUCGUCCAGCACCUGGAAUCCGAAAUCGCAAAGGUCGAGGGUGAACUCGCCCGCAAUGGCCACCUGGAAGAACUCAAUGCCUCGGACAUUCUCGCCGGAAUGCCCACCAACGAUGGCAUUCCCAUUGAGGAUCCCACAUUGCCCAUUAUCGACCUGCCCACCACCAAGCCAGAAGACACGCCCAAAUUGACCCUCAACAUCGACAUGAUCUCGCCGCCAGCCGCCCCGAGAGACACCAUUCGAGAUGAGGUCAUGAGUUGCGGCGAGUUGCAGGCCAUGAUCUUUGCGAUUCUCCCAACCGGCCCCGGAAUCACCGAUCUCAUAUCCAGAGUCCGCAUGAGCCUGACUCCGUCAACCGCCAUAGCAUCAGGAUCCCCCCGAGAAGCGCGCCGAAAAUCCAUCUCACGCGCUAGCCACGAAGUCAGCUGUGCCAUGCUAAAGUCCAUUCCGACUCCCAUCCUGCGAAGCCUCAUCAAGAAAUACAUGACCAGGGUCUAUCCAAUUUAUCCGGUUUUACAUGCUCCUUCACUAUGGCAGCAGCUCGAACGGGUCAUCAAGACUCUACAUGAAUUACCUGAGAAGCAUCGCGCUGUCCCCCCAUCCUUUGAUUUUCUCAUCAUAUACCUCAUGCUCUCCAUCUCGGCGACAUUGGGCAGCGCCAAAACAGGCCACGAGGCUAAGCACAUGGUCUUUUCUGGCUCUCUCUUCGAGGAAGGCAUCCAACAUCUAUCUGAUAAGGCCAAAAUCCCCUCCGACCUGGCCGGGAUCCAAGUCACCCUGAUGGUUCUCCAAUAUGCAUCCAUUAACCCCCGUCUUGCAAAUGUCUGGAUGUUAACCGGGGCUGCCAUGCGCGCAUGCUUAGAACUUGGCCUCCAUCGUGAAGCGCCAGAAGCUCUGAAUUUUGACCCACUGACUCUCGAUCUUCGCCGGCGUCUCUUCUGGUCGGCGUACAACUUCGAUCGCGCCAUCUGUUCGGCAUUACAACGACCCCUCUCCAUCCCUGACCAAACCAUUGACGCUCAUUUCCCCUCGAUUCUCGAUGACAGGCAUAUCCAUCCCACCGGCAUCGACCCCACAGGUGCAGAGACUAAAAUCCACAUGUUACGAUGGGUUCACUUCCGUCGGUUGCAGAGCGCCAUGACAGAGGUGCAUUUCCAGGGCAAGCCGCUCGAACCUGGACAGUCGUGGGAAGACUGGCUUGUCUCGAUGGAAAGACGUCUACAGGCGUGGUACGAAGACUAUAACGACGGCCAUGAGCUGACAGAAUUCACACUUGCCCAUGGCUUGACCAAUCUGCACCGUCCAUCACCUCGAGUGCCCUUACCAGGCCCUAGAAGUCUCAUGGUGGCAUUCGAAGCUGCCUGCUCCAGCGCCAAAUCCCUACGCGACCACAUUCUAAGUGGUUUCUAUCGGCGCUCGUGGCUGAUUGCACACCACGUGCUUGAAAACAGUAUGGUCGUUCUUUUCUGCCUCCGCCACGGGUUUGACGCCAUCUCCUCACGCUUCAACGCCCAACAAAUCUUUGAAAUGACAAAAGUCUUUACCGCAAAUUUCCUCGCUCUAGCCGCGCAGGGGUGGAACGAGGUAUCCAACUAUGCUGGCGUGUAUGAGCGCCUCCUAGGACCACUAUUGGAAUCUGUCUUUUCGAACCGUCCGCCUUCACUCUCAUCGUUCGGCCCUGCCCAAGACGCAGAACUCACGCGCCUCCUCUACCCUGGACCUGCCCAGCUUGAUAAGCUGCGCUUCGGUAGUCGUUCAGGUCUUGAAGGCGACGGCUUACCGGCCUUUGAUGUCGGCACUUUGAAUUGGGAGGAGUUCAGCGUGAGCGAUACAAGGUCGGCGAGUGCGGAGGGGUUCGUGGCAGGAUGGGAUUUAUUCGAUCCGAAUGCGGUGGGAAGUGGAGGGCACGAUUUAGUCUUUGGGAUGGCUUAA